AAAUAGUUAGCUUUGUGUCGAACGCCAAGGUGUCACGUGGUAGUCCCCUGUAGCUCUGUCUCUAAUUAAACCUCGAAUGCGCGGAGGGUCAGUUAUUCGUAUCAAGCUUGUGCAGAGUGCUUGUUGCGAUUUUACUUCAUCCUCGACUCGCCUGUCCCAAACGCCGACAUGAUUGGAACCAUCAUCAUCGUUUUGUUGAGCACUCUUCUGGUUUAUCUUUCGUGGCGCACGUACGACCAGCUGACAUUUUUCUCAAAGUUGGGACUGAAGGGACCAACUCCUGUUCCAAUAUUCGGCAAUCUUUUUGGAUUCAAAGACGGAGUUCACAUUGCAAUCGGCAAAUGGAUAAAGGAAUAUGGCAAGACCUUUGGCAUUUCCCGUGGAGCCCAAAAGGUGAUCGUGACCUCGGACGUGGAAUUCGUCAAAGAGGUCAUGGUGAAGCAGUUUUCUCAUUUCGUUGAUCGACAGGGUUUUCCUCUCCGUCCAAAUGAGAUGUGCUAUGACCUAUUGGACCUCAAGGGAGAAAGAUGGAGGACGAUGAGAGAAACUUGUUCAUUGGCCUUCAGCAAGCACAAGACGGAAAGGAUGUUGUCAAUGGUUAACGAGUGUGCUGAUACCACUAUCAAGGACAUACAAGAGCAUGGGAAGAAUACGAAUGGUGUCUUGGAUAUCCAUAAAUACAUGGCUGAGUUUGGUAUAGACGUAGGAGCGUACUGUUUCUUCGCGUCCAAAGUAACCGCGGAGCAGGAGAAGUUCGUCUUGAUGCAACAUGCAUAUGCACUCUGGAUCCGAUUUAAAACCGUUUACGUACCCUGGCUGCUCACGGUGCUGUUUCCCAAGUUGGAGCCUUUGCUGAAGCUGCUGGGCUGCUCAAUCCACCCUCAAACAUCCGUGGAUUACUUCACAAGUCUGAUGAAGGCCAUUAUGGACACUCGCAAAUCCGACCCAAAUGCCCAGGAGUACGUGGACUUCCUUCAGCUGAUGCUUAACUCCGAGAAGGGGCUAGAAAUCAAAGCUUCCAAUGGCCAAUCAAUACAGAAACGUGCUCUCACCGACAACGAGAUUUUCUCAAUGUGCAUGACUGUCUUCACCGGCAACAUGGAGACCAGCCCUGGCACGUUGGCCUACGCCUUCUUCGCUCUAGCUUUACACCCGGAAGUACAGGAGCGUGUGAUUGAAGAGAUAGAUCGGGUUACGGCCGACGGAAUCACCCCUGAGAACGUUCGCAAGCUGGCCUACACGGACAUGGUGCUGCGUGAGGUUCUACGGUUGUAUCCGACAGUGGCCUCUCUGAAUCGAGUCUGCCUGGAGGACUGCGUUGUGAAAGGCAUCAAAAUUCCUAAAGACACGCUGGUCGAGAUCGCCGUCUACGCCAUCCACUGCGAUCCUGAAAACUGGCCCGAUCCAUACAGAUUCGACCCCGAGAGAUUUUCCGCGGAAAACAAGGCCAAGAUGGACCCAAUGACUUGGCUUGCCUUCGGCCAGGGGCCCCGGAUGUGCCUCGGUUAUCGCUUCGCUAUGAUGGAGAUGAUGGUCAUAAUGGUCCGCAUGUUGAAGAAGUACCGUUUGGAGACAUGCGCAGAAACUGAGAUCCCCCCAUCUCGAGGAGUUCGUGGCCUUAUGUCUCCGGAGCACGGCAUCAAAAUCCGUCUGGUGCCAAGGCAGAAACAAACCGAGUAAACGUCGUGUGUGUGCUGCAGAAAAUUGCACCAAACGUGAAGGAUAUUUUUUUGGUACUGCAGCGGGAGCUGGUGGCUCGUUUUGCAUUAAUGCAUUUAAAACAGUAUGAAAGUUUUUCAAAACGUUGUACUUCUCCAACAUUAACAGGUUCAUCAAUUUGAAACUAAUUGACUGGCAAAAAUCGUCGUGGAACAUAGAUUGAUGCACACUUCUCAACCUGUCUCAAAAAACCGAUUGAAGGUGGUCAUGUGACGGGUUAUGACCAUGAGCAAUCGUCACUCGAUGAAUUAUAACAAAAGAAAAUUUUUACGUGCAACCAUAGAGAUAUAUUUAAUUACUUGAGCGGUAACCUCUCAUUCUCUGCGCGGCGAAAAUUUGACAUUUUGAAUCCAUGUCAUUGAUCUCCAUUAUAAAGACGUUAUAAUGGAGAUCAAUGAUCCACGUGCUUGCUUGUAGAAUAUUCGAAAUCAGAUGAAAUGAAUAUCGAAUCAUGUACUCUAAAUGCAACGUGAAUCGGGUACCGCUAAAAUCUGAUCUAAAAAGCCGCGUCAAAAAUGCAGCGCAUGCUCCCACGUGCCUCCGUCGUUUGCGCAGAGGAAAACGAACCACUCAUUACUGAUUGUGCAUCAGUGUUUUGCGUAAUCGGCUUCGUUGACGCAUCGUUUUACCACACAGACGCAGAUAUGCCAAUAGCCGUACCAAAAAAAAAAAAAAUACAAAAUUUCGAGUUUUCCAUAGCAUUGUGUACAAACAUAGAUGCGUCGAGCAGGCAUCACUUAUUGGUUCGAGUCGGCACUCUAGUUUUUUAUAUGUAGGUCUGUGGAUGCUGUAAACAUUUUUGUUACAUAAACACGCCUAAUUAUUCUUGUAGGCCGUAUAUAUUAAUAUUUACAAAAUAGCUUAGUUGUCACACUAUCGUACUCAAGGCACGCACUGUACAGAGUAAUAACAUCAACUUCGAGAAAACAUGAAUUCUCAGUUCUGAUUGGUCUACGCAUGGCAACAAACAGUGUGAUAUAUAUAACCGUAUUGCACCGUUCACCUUUUUAGCUCCUCGGUACUGCUAUCUCUUCUUUUCAAAUAUUGCAACCGCAUUGUUUCGAAUCCCUAUGGGGCAGAGUAAGUAAAUUGAGGAUUUUAUUACGAUCGAGAAAUGGCUUCAUAGAAUGUCAUGGCUGGAAUUCUUCAACUGUACGUAAAUUCCCUAUGCCAAGGGGUGAAUCUGCCCACAGUUUUGAUUUUAGUCGGGCGCGCUGUACUUUUAGAGUGGCGGAGUUAGAAUAGCGCAUUAGGCUAUUGAACAAAUAUAACAUGGUUGGAAAGUCGAUGUUAGUUUCCUGAGGUAUUGGGAGUUGACAAACUAGUCCCUGGGCGAAAUGAACCAUGUUAUAUUUGUUUUACUAUACCUCAUACAUAGCUUAUUUAAUUACCUCUGAAAAUAAAAACAUUAUCAUUAAUUUGUUUCCACGAACAAAAUUUGUUCCUAAGAUCGAAACACAAACACUUUAUCUUUUUCGAUUGAAAUUUAUUUCACACAAAAGAAUGCAGGCAGAUGAAACCUCUCAUCAUUUUCAUGAGCUGCAUACCGUUGCUAGGCUGGCUCCACCACGAAUGCACAGUACACACGAACGUCAGUUCUUAGAUUUUCUGCUGCUGCGCAUGCGCUUUCAACUGACGCCCCAGGGUAAGCCAGGCGACAAUUUAAAACGCAGGCGUAUUUACUUGUUGCGUGAACGAUCGCGUGUGCGCUUGGCAAACAGCAAAAAUAGCGGCUAGUGAUGCGGGAUCGUGAAUGCAUUAAUGAGAGUUCGGCGAUCCAUCAAGAAUAUGCGUGAGGUAUAGUAAAUUGUUAUAUUUCACACUGUUUGUUGCCAUCGAUCGACCAAUCAGAAUUGAGAGAUCAAGUUUGUUUGAAGUUAACAUAAAGCAUAUAUAAAAGUUUAGACAUGAAAGUAUGUUAAACGUUGACUCAGAUAUUGGAAAUUCGUAAGGAUUAUUUGUAUAGCUGUGCACUCUCUUUACAGGAAUUCGGAUUUAGAUUUCAGCUAAUUAUGGGGAAAAGGGGCGUCAGCCGUAUAGCAUCUCACCGCAUAGUUUAGACUUCGACUUGUGUAAGGUCAGACGCACGUUACGCGAAUAUCGCAGCAUCAUGUGAUAUGCUUUUAUACAUUUUUUCUUAUCCAUUGAAUUCGUUUGGUCCAAAUCCUCUCAGUUUCUUUUUAACUGAGCGAAAGUUUAGAAAAGAAACAGCGUUAACUGUAUGAACAGUCGUUCCCAUGGAAAUUAUUUGAGUUGGAUAUUAUUGCGUGGAAAAAAACGACAGGAAGAUCAAACUCUUCUAUCGAAGUUUGUCUCUUGUAAUUUUUAUUUAGAUAAAUUUAUAUUAGAAUUUUGACAGGUUUCUAUUCAGAUAUCAUUGUAGUAUUUGGUAUGGGUUUCGUUGUAACCCGUAAUUAUGUUAUGAUCUGAUUUGGCAGUGUUUGGAAAGGGUAAGAAUUUUAUUAUAAAUAAAACAGGUGGCUGGCAGCACA